AUGUCCACUGAUCAUCACGUCCCGCAGCAACGCUUCCACUCCACUCUAGCUUCCGUCAAACCCGACGACCAGCCCCAGUUGAUGGCCAGUCAGCACGCGCAAUCCAUCCAGAACAACCCCUCCCAUCUCUCCCAAAGCCAACAAGACCUUCUCGUCGCCGCCUUGACCUCCCAAGCCGGUGCGAGACACGCUCACUCGGCCAGCGCUCAGCAAUCACCCUCCCAUCCCGCCCUCCACCACCACCCCGCAGACAUGAACGGAACGAUCCACGACAGCGCGCUGUACAUCAGCCCUCAACAGGCCACUUUCGACGACUUCAACGACUCCUACUCCCCUGACCUCGACUUCGCCGACGGGGAUGGCUUCGACUUCGACAAUGCCGACCUUGGCGGCGAGAUGAUUGGCAGCCUCCCCGGCUCUUCGGGCGAUUUGCAUGAAAAGCGAAAGAACUCCGAUGAGCUGGGCGAGGACGACAAAGGCGACGCCAAGCGACAAGAGACGCAAGAAGGCGAAAAGGUCGCGAAGAAGCCAGGCCGGAAGCCAUUGAUGAGCGAGCCCACUACCGUAAGGACCCUCACGCUUCUCUUCCCCACCAGUGUAUCGCCAGGCGCAAUGCUAACUACUAGCCUCCUCCAGAAACGGAAAGCCCAGAACCGAGCCGCACAGCGCGCCUUCCGCGAGCGCAAAGAACAGCAUGUCAAAGACCUCGAGACCAAGGUGACGGAACUGAGCAAAGCAAAGGAAGCCGACCGACAGGAGAACGGGGUGUUGAAGGCGCAAGUCGAGCGGCUUCAGAACGAGCUCCGCGAAUACCGGAAGCGCCUUUCCCUGAACGCCGGAUCUGCCGUCAAUCGCUCGCCGACGUUGAACGGGCAAGCCUCUUCUCGAAGCAAUAGCAACCCCUCCGCAAAUGGCAACGGCUUCAACUUCGAUUUCCCUCAGUUCGGUGCUCUGCCGACAAGCCAGUUCUUCACCAAUCCCACUUCCUCCGUUCCGCAGCGCAACAGUGCAACACCGCCGGGCACCAACUCGCCGGUCGGCGGCAAUUUCAACAACCCGACUCAGCAGGUGCAGCCCACUUCCCGACAGAGCAGUGUCGGCCUGAUAAGCAUGAGCCCUGCGAGUAUGAAUGGCAAUGGUACGCACAGCCCGGCACAGAACGCGAGCCUCGGCCAGUCUUUCGCCACAUACAGUACCGCCGACAACAUGCAUGGCUUUGGCAGUACACUGCCUCAAAUGAACACUGCCGGCGAUCCUUUCGGCGAUCUCUUCAGCCCUGGUCUGCUGCAAACCGCACGCAAGAAUAGCAAUCCCAGCUACUUCGCGAACUCGGCGGUUCCCAACGGCAAUACCGGCAACAUGCCCACUGAAUUGAAUGGUGGUGAGAGUACAGCAGGGUUGAACCUGAACCGCGUGUUCCAGUUCAACAGCAACAGCAACAGCAACGCCAGCGAUAGCGCCUCGCCCAGCGCCAGCUCCGGGAGCCAAUGGAAUGGACAGGCGAACAGUUCGUGCGGCACCUCGCCCGAGCCAUCGCAUGGCAGUCCAGGGCAGAAGAACCUGGACAAAAUGAACACCACCCGCCACACAUCCCCCCUUGCCAACAUGGACGGAGGAGCGAUGACCUUGCCCAGCACUGACUACAGCCUGCCAUCCGUCAACACCUUCGACCCCGUGCUCUUUGGCGACUACCGAGACAGCCAAGACGCCAUCGUCGGCGGUGGCGACUUCACCGGUGGCUUCUUCGAUGACAGCCUGCACUCCUUCGACUAUGCCUCUCCCACCAACCUCUUUGGCAUCCUUCAAACUCCCAAAUCCUCCCACGACACUCUCAGCGUCAAUGGCAGCGCAACGGCGAACGCACCCACUCCCAGCUCAAAUCUCAUGGCCGAAAUGGACAAGGCUCGAGACGGCGAUUACAGCGACCCAUCCCCGCCAGUCAAGAUGGAGAACGCGCUGAUGCCGCAAGCGAAGUCUGACGACGGCAAAUACAUCAGCUGCAACAACAUUUGGACGCAACUCCAAAGCAAUCCCGAUUUCCAAGAUGGGAAAUUCGACCUCGACAGCCUGUGCUCCGAACUCAAAACCAAGGCGCGCUGCUCCGAGUCGGGCGUCAUGAUUGAGCAGCAGUACGUCAAUGCGGCCCUGCGCAAGCUGGGCUCCAAGGACGAGAAGGGGAAUCUCUUUGAGCCGCCGAAAUACCUGCUGGUGGAGCAGGAUAGUUUCGAGCAGGCUUUGAAGAGGUAUGGCGGGGGCGCGUAA